AAGGUAAUUUUGGCAAUGGUGCUAUAAAAGCGACCACUUCAAAGAAAGCAGGUAUCAGUUUCAGUCCAUACUUUCCCAUCGAAGGUUCCAACAGUCAUAAUCUAGUGAUAAUGAGGGUGAUUCUUGCAAUCUUCGCCAUCGUGCUGGCAUGUGAAGCCAAAAUCUACCCCAUCAACGUCCCCGUUCCGAUCCCGGUCCCCGAGCUCGACAUCAAGCACAUCGAGAAGAAGAUUUCCCCCGUCAAAGAGGUCAAGGUGCCGGUGAUCAAGCGAGUUCCGGUGGAGAACGUGAUCGAGCACACGAAGGACGUCGAGGUGAUCAAGCACGUCCCAGUGGAGAACGAAGUCAAGGUGUUCCGUGAUGUGGAAGUCGUCCGGGAGGUGCCCGUCGAGCGGAUCAUCCACAAGCGAGUUGAGGUUCCGGUUGAGGUUAUCCGGGAGGUCGAGCUGAUUCGGGAGGUGCCGGUCAUUAAGGAGAUUCCCCACGUGAAGGUGGUCAAGGUGGUGAAGGAAGUCCCGGUGGAGGAGAUCGUGUACAAGGAUGUGUACGAGCCGGUGACGCACCCGGUGAAGAUCCCGAUUCAUGUGCCGGUCAUUACCGAGGAUGUGAAAGAGCACCCGUCCAAGUUUGGCCACUUGCUGAACUUUAAGAAGUUUCUUGGAUAAGAAGCAAUAAAUGACUGAUCGUGUAUGAAAAUUUACAAAAAAUGAUUAUUUUUGUUGAAUCUCCAAAAGUUGAUUAUCUCGAAACUAUAUUGACAAAUAUCUGUCAG